AAACCCAUUAGGCCUACUUUUUAAAAAUGGACAGUCAAAUGGCCAAAACACCGCCUGACGUUAGAAAAUAAUCAUUACAAUGCUUUAAAUUAAUAAAUUUGGAGUACUUGCUCUAGAUCUGGACCUAUAAUUAUAAAUAACGCCUAAAUAGUGUCUUGGUAUUUUCUUAUCAUGGAUGAUACAAGAAAAAAAAAAUGAGUAGGCCUACAUCAAUGAAAGAUCAAAGUGCAAGAAUUUAUUUUACUACAUAGGCUACUACAGGAUAUUAAACAUUCAACGUAAUGCUUCUCAAAGAGUGUGUUAAACCUUUAUUGAAACACUGUCACAUUAAGAACUCUGUAUCACAGUUUAUAGAUCUUUAUUCCCACACUUGGAUUAAUACAAGUUAAUUCAAAACAGGUUUAUUUAAAUACUCGAAUGGGUACAUUAAUAAAUGGUUGUGCAAGGCAGUUUAUUAAAAACGUAUAUUUCUGGAGUGUAAAUUCCAGUCUGCCCUUGUUAAGAAAAAGAAAACUUCUUCACUCUACUCAAAGCGAUUUUCACAUGUUUUGUAAAUGCAUGCUUAUGAAAAACCAACAGAGGUAUGGAACCUCGGUCGAUCCUUGCAACUUCACAAAGUUGAGCACAUCCGUCACAGACACAUGGACAAAAACUGUGACAGUGUCACUCCCUCAAAAACAUAAUCCAGGGAAAAAUCUUCCCUUCAGAAUAUCAGUUUUAGACACAUUUCCUGGUGUAGCAGAUGAGAAUAAACCAACAGUUGUAGCUAUUCAUGGCGUUCCCAACACCGGCAAGGUCUAUCAGUCUCUGGCUACACAGCUGUACAAUAAGGGCAUUAGACUUGUGGCACCCACAACCUUUGGUAUGGAAUUUAGUCAAGCGGAUGUCAAACAUAUAUCAAACAUAGACUUUACAACCACAAAUAGAGCUUAUGCUACACAACAAGUCCUCAAAGAAUUGAACAUCAAAAAAAUUGAUGUACUGGUAGGACAUAGUGCAGGAUCAUGGGUGGUCUAUGAAGCUGGUGCAAAUUGGGACAAUGUUGGUGCUCUAAUAUGUGUAAACCCAACAGGUGCAACGGCAAACAGGGGUAUGAGGCCAGAGUGGUUCAUGAAAUCUGUUGCUUAUCUCUUGCUCAUUCCAUGGUGUAGAUGGCUCUUGAUGCCUAUAGUCAAGCGGGCGUAUAACGCUUUGUUUGAUAUAAGAGAGGUAUCAUUGGAUAAUGAUGGGGCCCACUUGAUUGCCUGCCAGCAGUAUAUCACACAUCAACAAUAUGAAAGGGUUCCCAUCAACGCAAAUAAGAUCCGAGAGAAAAAAAUUCCAAUUGUUAUGAUGUACUCACUGAAUGACAGACUUGUUGAGACUUCAAUCUGUUCUGAUAUGGCUGAUAAGUACCUACAAAUCCCUAAGGAAAAUAAAGUCAUGUUUGCUGAUGACAAAACAUCAGACAAAGAUCCAUGCUUUGUUCCUAAUGGCUGGUUCUCUAAAAGUUUGGUGUUUGCCAGAGGGGGACAUAUUGUUCAUAUAGCCCAUGAAGCUGAGCUGGUGCAACAGAUUGAACAUGUUAUAAAACAAGGAUCCAAAAAAAGAUGUUUCGCCACAAAGUAGUUCUAGAAAAUACAAAAAUUUAGUUAUUUUUUUAUAAAGGUUUUUGUUUAUUUGCCAGAAUUUGCCAUUGUAUUAAAUUUUGUUUAUAAAGAAAUAAUCUAUAAAUCAAUCAAACAUAAUAUUGAUGAUAUUAAUCAUUUCAAAAUCUUUAUGGUUUUGUUUCCUAAAAUUGAAAAACAAAAAUGUAAAUGAAGACUAUUCUCUUAAAUAAAUACUCAUCCAACAUUGGCUUUUAUUUUACAUCAACAGAAGUUUAUUGAGUUUAUCAAAUGGAAAACCAGCAUAAGUCAUUAAAAGAAUUUGGUUAAAAUGUAUACAUGUAUUGCAAAAAUUAUAAGAACAUAACAACCCUGUUUGUACAUACUAUACAAAAAAUAAUGUUAUUUAUUUAUUUAUUUAAUCUACAUCUGUGAUAUCCUGAACACUGCUUAA